AUGGUGUUGUCCCGGACUCCGGGCAAGCGACGAGGACAACACGGAAAUGGGUGUGGCGAUCGAGACUACAUCGAUCUGCAUAUGACCAACGUGGAUACCACAUGCGUCACCACGCCGGCAGAGGGUCCACUGGUUAUGCACGGGAGGCUCCAGAAGAAGGAUAAGACCGGCCGCCUUGCGCUGAGGCCCUGA